AACGGAGAGUCGGAGAGACGGAGACUUCACUCAGUGUGUGAUCAAAGAUGUGCCAGGCUGGACUGCGUGACGCCAUCAGGUGACGCCAGAACACAAUGGCUGGAAAGAAGGCGAGAUUGACUCGCUUACUACUUGUGAAAGUGAUGUGGUGUGUGAACAUAUUACUGUGCUGUUUAAUAGUGCCUUCUGCGGGCCAAUUCCGCAACGACCAGGACCCGGAAUACUACCGCUACAACAACCAGCAAUACCCACCCUAUUACUCUACCCCGUCCCCAGUGAGGACUCUGUACGACACCGGAGGAGACACCUUCUACGGAACCGACAGGAGAUACGACACUCGCUACGACGACCCCACCAGACCCAGGGGCUUCGACAACCGCUACAAGGACCAGAGCUACCGCUACGGAGACCCAGCCUCCAACGACAGGCUGAGCGUCAUCGGGGGCGGGCGGUUCGACUCCCGAGGGCGCGAGAGGCAGGGGUACGAGUACAGACGCAAGUGGGAUGGGCGCAACAACUACGGCGAAUUCGGGGUCCUGGGCGGAUGGAGGCCUGACAUUCAGGGGGAGCAGCGCCCCUCGGAAAUACCAGGAAUACAGCUGCCGUUGGCCGACGUCUUCGUGACGACGGACAGCGGGAAGGUCCAGGGCUUCUACGUCUACCUGUACGACAAGCCAGGGCAAAGGUUCGAUGAACGCCCUGCUAACAAACCCAUCCACCAACAGAGGCACAUCCUCAACGUCACGACUUUCCUCGGCAUACCGUACGCCCGUCCGCCCAUCGAGGAGGGGCGCUUCAAGCCGCCCAGGAGAGUACAGAACUGGUACAGUACAUGGCAAGCACUGGACUACCAGAGUGCCUGCCCACAAAACCUCAAGUACAUAGGCCUAUCAAAUGGCAUUCGCAAUGGGAUCCACGAAGACUGCCUCUACCUCAACAUCUUCUCACCUUCUGUAUCCGUUAACGUCAAAGAUAUGUACCCUGUGAUGUUCUACAUCCACGGGGGAGAUCUUGAUCACGGUGCCAGCAACCAGUUCCCAGGUCACAUGCUAGCAGCAUGGGGAGAGGUGGUUGUUGUGACAAUUAACUACAGACUGGGAGCUUUGGGAUUUCUGAGCACAGGAGAUGACAAUUCUCCAGGUAACUAUGGCCUUAUGGACAUGGCAAUGGCACUCGAGUGGGUGUACACCAACAUACGGUUCUUUAAUGGAGACCGGAACAAGAUAACUGCAUUUGGACCGGGAGCAGGAGGUGCAAUGGCUGGCCUCCUGGCUGUCUUACCAAGAACAAAAGAGAUGGUCAGCCAAGUAAUAGCAUCGAGUGGCUCCCCUCUUGCAGACUGGGCUGCUAUUGAUGAUGUGUACAGAGUGCAGAACACAUCACGGGUAUAUGGUUUAGAGGUCGGGUGCACUGUAGAGUCAUCGUAUAAGCUUCUUCAGUGCCUGAAUCGCCGAAGUUAUGAGGAACUUGCAUCGGCACCUAUCAAACCAGAUGUUGGGACAUUUGCUUGGGGCCCUGCAGUGGAUAAAAAUUUUACAGUCCCAGGUAAUGACUGGUACGAGGACUGGUUACAGCAAGACUGGCACAUUUUACCCGACCUACCACUGAAACUUUACGAGCGUAAUCAUCAUCACCCAAAUCUACGGUACCUUACCGGGGUAAAUCGUGAUGAAGCAGCUAAGAUGGUUUAUGAUGAUAAUCGUCUCCUGCGAAACAAUUAUGAAGUAACCGAAACUUUCUUUAAUGAAAGAAUAAAGGAAUGGGUGAAACACUACAACUAUUCCCUUAAUCCUGAAGGUGCUUUUGAUGCUAUUAAGUGGAUGUAUACGUUCAAACCAGAUCCGCUUAAUACUACGCAUAUACGAGAACAAUACGUCAAUAUGCUGUCUGAUGCAUUAUACAAAUCUGGGGUGGACCAACUUGUAAAAGUAUUGGUGAAUUCUACCUCCAAGUCCAGUGUCCCUACAUACUACUACUUGCUCAAUACAACUGUGGAAGCUCUCAAGUUACCCUUCUGGAGAGAGAUUCCAAAUAAUAUUGAAUAUUACUUUAUAACUGGAGCUCCUUUCAUGGAUCCAGACUUCUACCCUGAGAAUAUGCGGGUAUCCCGUAACCAGUGGGGAGAAGGUGAUAGAAAUAUGUCACACUUCAUGAUGAAAACAUUUGCAAACUUUGCAAAAUGGGGAAAUCCUACCCAGGUCCAGAUACCAAUUAUGAAGGUUAACUGGGAGCCAGUUCUGGAAGGAAACCUAAAAUAUUUAAGUAUCAAUACAACAUUCAAUACCAGUAUGCAUUACAAUUACAGGCAAACAUACAACUCAUUUUGGUCAAUGUACAUGCCGCAGGUAGUGCGAGAGUGGGUACCUACAGUACCUCCGCCUAUCAAUCCUUGGAUUCAACUUAGUCAACCCAUUGUUGCUUCAUUCUACGGUGCCAUGGCAUUCUGUGUGGUGUUACUGGUCAUACUAUUUGUGUGCUGCGGCCUCUGGAAAUCUGCCAAAAGGCAAAGAAAUAAAGCCUUGGAUGAUCUUCAAUAUUAUUCAACAGACAAUUUGAAUCCUGCGCAAGAUGACGACUACAAGGUACGAGAGUACCUUGAUAAGUUGUCAAAUAAUAACCAUGAGGAGCCUCUACCAUCUAGAUCUAUCACUCCAAACACAUUAAUAUCCACAGAUCAGAGUACACAUCAUGAUCAGAAUGAAAUGACAGCUUUCAAAACACAUGAUCAAUAUAUGGCAAAGUCAGUGGACGCGCUGAAUUAUCCUUCUCGUCAAGGCCAGCCAAACGGUCGAAUGACUAAGUCUACGGAUAACAUAAUUGAAAAUUACAAUGUUUAUCCUCAUUCCCCAACACCAACAGAGAAGUCAGAAAAGCCGGCAAGACAACCAAUUGAAAAUUACAACGUCUAUCCUCAUUCCCCAACACCUACGGAGAAGUCAGAAAAGCCGGCAAGGCAGCCAAUUGAAAAUUACAACGUCUAUCAUCAUUCCCCAACACCUACAGAGAAGUCAGAAAAGCCGGCAAGGCAGCCAAUUGAAAAUUACAACGUCUAUCAUCAUUCCCCAACACCUACGGAGAAGUCAGAAAAGCCGGCAAGGCAGCCAAUUGAAAAUUACAACGUCUAUCCUCAUUCUCCAGCAACAACAGAAAAGAUAGAGAAGCCAACACAGCGACCAAUCACCCCCAUUUCUAUUCUCGAGUCUGAGCCAAAUGGACGAAUGUUCACGUGUACCAUAUUACAAUCCUCUGUCAACAACAACAACACCAGGACACAACCAGUGACACCAGUCCCAGCUGUACGAACCUCCAGGUCUACUACUACGAUAUCAUCCAAUGCAGGUCUACUACACACAGACCUGUAAUUCAGUGCAAAUAUUAAUUUAAGUACCUUAUUGCUCUAAAAUGGCAUUUCCACUUCAUUUGGUGAGUUGUUUUAAACUCACUUGAUAACCAAAAAUGGCCCUAGGCUUUGAGAAAUGUUCUCACAGUUAUAAAGGUGCAGCAGCAUUCCAGUUUGUUAACUUUUCUGUUUUGUAUUAGAGUUAAGAUUUAGAUUUAGCUGAUAGCAAUAGAAAGUGAUGCCUGAGUAGUACUGUGGCCUUCCUAGUGCCAAAAAUGAUGAUUCUUUAAUGUGUCUGUAAGUGAAAUUAACCACAGCUUGAAACUGGCAAAGCAAUAUGACACAAACUUUAACUAGUGCAUUGGGCAAAGACAUUUGUCAUAGUUGCUGUUAUAUACAGCAUAUAUAACAUUUCAUUAACUCGGCUAGUUGUGUUUUCAUUUAACUACAGUGCCUAUACAUGAGGAAAGUAUCCAUAAUGAAAAAUAUAAUUACUGAUAAUGUCUUCAUGGAAUAUUUACCACCAAGCAUCAUGAAAGCUUCACAAAAUUAAGUUCUCUUUAUAUCUUACCAUGCUUCGAUUGCUGUUCCCAGUAGGAGCCAGAAGUACCAUGUGAAUAUGUAUACGUAUCUCUUUCAAAACAUGUACUACAAUGCCGUGUACACAAGAAAUAAGGACACUGACUGUAACCUACUCGAAAAGAAUCAAUUAGGCCAUUAAAUUAUGAGGCUCAUUCUUUACAAAACUUGCCCAAAGAAUUUGUUAUGCUGCCCUAAUGCUUAUUAGCAUAUUGGCAUUUGUAUCAGUGAAUUUGCAAAUAUACAGUCUGCUUAAUUUAAAAUAUACUGAGAAUUUACAGUUAACAGGGUGCUUAUGAAGACUGGAACAGUUAUUUGUGAAUAGCUUCAAAAGGUCUUAAAUACAUGUACCGUGGUAUCAUCAUCGUCUGAGGAAUGCUACGAAUGCUUUACUUUAUUAAAUCUUUUAACACUUAUUAAAGAAUGACUAGAGGAUUCUAGGCCAUACAAAAACUUUUUUUAAGGCAUAUUUGUAUUCUUUCAGUGCCAUACCAAAAUUGUCAUAAAUUUACUCACUGCCAGUCCAUGAACCAAAAGGCCAUACGUAUCUACAAAAAUCUGUUUUGAAGAUAGGAGUGUGUGAUUCUCUUUGUUUUCAUCUUACAAUUUUCUCUAUAGAAUGCCCCAUAUUCCUGCAUUUGGCUGCACUUGCUCUUCAGAGACAAAUGCAUCAAAAAGUUUUCCAAAAAUGCAUGGCACCAAUGCAAGUCCAAUAAAAAUACAAAUAUCAUUUUCUUUCAAGCUCAAAAUCAGUUUCCAGAAUAACAAGUAAUGGCCUACAAUGAUUAAAUUUCCUCAAACUACAAUUCUUUAUGAAAAACAUGAGCUAUUAUUGUCACAAAAAUAUCUUUACACCUUAUAACUAACAAUCAGUAUCUCUUACUUAAAAGCUCAGUACUAACCUGCUUUUGUAUCAAAUGAUGUACUGGACUGAGCAUUAGCAGCACUAUUACAAUAAUUUAUUUCCUUUUUUUAAAAACACAAUGUAACUGGCAUACAACUAAUGAACUUCACUGUGUUUUUUGUACAUAAGCUUACAAUGUUCAUUUUUUACGUGUAUGUUAGCCGUUGCUGAUGAAGACUGUACUUGGUGUUAAAAUUGUAUAGUCACACAUAAGGAAAAAAAAAAAAAAAAGACUUAUAUAGUUAAAUGCAGAAACUUCUUGCUAGUUCAGUAGACUUACUUUCAUAAUGCGUGUUGAUUUUUAAGCAUUAUGUGGAAACUAAACCAAAUUUAAAAAGUCAGGUAUUCAGUUAGUGCCCAACUCUUUUUUUCACCAAGAUAAUUUUUUACACAUUAAGUAAAAGAGUACCCUUACCAUUUUCACAUAAAAAUAGGUACACUAUAUACACUGCCAAAAUAAAAAUUCAACAGAAAUUUGAAACACUCAUAGAAAUCCAAAAGCUGAAACCUGAAGCAUUCCUGAAGUUUAUUCCUGCCAAAACAUAAAAUAACUGGCAAUCAUUAUUAAUAUUCAUUCCACUACAAAUAACCUUACUCUAAUUACGGACAGAAUUUGUUGUAAAGUCUUGGGUAUAUUUGUAUUACUAAAUAUUUUUGUAAUAAGAUUUUCACGUUCUUAGCAAUUUAAUGAAGUUUGCAGAAUCAAAGGCAACAAGAAAGAAGCAACUCAAAAAACUGAAAUUAUUUAAAAUGUCUUAACUUUUUUUCAUAGAUUAACAUUGGUCACAAUGCUACAACCCUCACAGUCAUUAAAUGUUGUCAAUGAAUGGACAAAUGGUAACAAUUGAUUGUCUUAAUUGCAAUGGUUACUGAAACUGCCAGUUGUGUCAAAAUGUCUAAUACAGUUGUAAUCACUUGUAUAUUAUUAUGUUAAUUAUAUGCAAAAUGAAGAGCAAUUUAAGUGUUUGUAACACACUGCUCAUUUGGUUAAGUGCUUAGCAUUUUCAAUCAGCAUUUCCUUGCCACAUAUCAGUAGCAAUAGGUUAGUAAGUAAUUCCUGGUUUUAAAAAGCACUUCUAUAUUAUAAGUCCUAUAAAUAAUAAGAGGAAAAGCAUCCAAUUUCAUCUUGCAAAAGCGACUAAACUUUGAAGACGAAAACAAAACAAUUUUUCCAAAGUGUUAAGAGGAGUCUUUUCAAUUACCUAUUUCCUGAUGAACACUGAUGCUCGUUUGAGGUUCAAACAGUACUUUAAACUGUAUCACUUGAAAAGAAUUCAUUAUUAUUCAUGACCGUUAAACGAAGAUGAUAAUAUUGAUUUCGAUUCAUCAGUGAGCUAAAACCUUACUUGGUGGCAACUUUCAACUGCCCACUUUAAAAGUGGAAAUUUUCAUUGUAACUUAAGUUUAAGAUUAAAUAUUAACUCUAAGUCUUAACAAGCAUUGCAUUUGAAAAUAAACCACACAUGACAUAAUACUUUUGUAAAUAUGUAUUCUUCUACAAAUUUUGUAAAUAAAUAUUCCUAAGAUAUA